AUGUCUACCAAGAGUGUAACGAAUCGCAAUGAUGAUGCAAAGCGUAGUCCAGGAAAUAUUGGCGCGAAGUGCGGAAAAUGCAACCAAGAAGGUGGCAAUCGCACGGUGUGUUGUGUUGAGUGCAAGUUCUGUUACCACUACGAGUGUGUGCAAGUGACCUCCGAAGUACUGGACGGUCCCUGGAUCUGUAACGAUUGUUCGAAGAUGUCUGCCGAGUCCAGUAAUGCCAUUCUCCAGAUGAAACUGCAGGAGCAGCGGAAGAAGCAUCAACUAGAGCAGCAGCGGCAAGUGUUGAAGCAUCAAGAGCUACAACAGCAGUACGGAGAGUACGGUUCUGAAUACUUAGCAGCCUCAGAACAGCUAAUCAGAAACGAGAACGUCUCGAAGGAACCUCUAGCAGCCUCUACCCCCGUUAAAUCCGGUUCAGUACCUGCAUCGAGUUACUUUGACGGUAAUCAACGCAUGCAUACACUGGAGAAAGUAAAUCGCGAACUUCGUGAACAGCUUGAACGAACGCAAAGGACGCUGUAUGAAUUCCCAUCAAAUCAGUCACAGCAGAACAUCCUAGGAACCACGAAGAAGAUCAUGACGCUACCACUAAGCACUAUAACUGAAAGGACGGAAAAAUCCACUCACGGUGGAAGUGCCAUUUCGUUGUCAUCAAAGGGCACAAAUAGAUCUGCAAAACUGCGAGAACUCCAGAUGAAGGGUCUGAUGGAAAGACAAGCACUGGAGAAGAAGCAACUCGAGGAAAAGCUAGCACUUGAACGUUUACUAUUGGAACAGGAUACAGAGGAUGACUCCGACAUCGAAUCAAGCACAAAUAUCCAGAAAAUCGACGAUUGGUUACGUGAAACGGAUCGGACUUCCAGUCACCCGCUGCCAAUCAACGAAACUGGCUUGCCUGGUUACUCGCAUCCACUAGAGCUCACACCUCCCCGAAAUCGGUCCGCAACGCUGCCGUGCCCUGUGCCACAUGUCCAACCGAUUGAUGUGCUGCUGAAUAAAGGUCAAUUAGCUGCGCGGCACACAGUGAAGGAUCUCCCACGCUUCGGAGGUGAUCCGGAAGAUUGGCCACGAUUCAUAGCAGCAUAUGAACGCACUACGAGGAUGUGCGGAUUUAAAAACGAUGAACUUCUAGAUCGUUUGGAACGUAGUCUGUAUGAUCGCGCCCUUAGCUCAGUCAAAAGUUUACUGCUACACCCUGAGAACGUUCCCGUGAUUAUCAGUAGACUAAAAACUUUAUUUGGGAACCCGGAGAUCAUAGUUGAGACUAUGGUAAGACGCGUUCGGGCAAUGCCUCAACCGAAAACUGACCGGAUGGACACGAUUAUAGAUUUUGGUGUUGCAGUGCAAAAUCUUUGCGCUGCUGCUCAGGCAUGUCAGAUGGACGAAUGUUUGUACAACGUCGCACUGCUACAAGAGCUGGUCGAAUGCUUGCCACCUACAAUCAAGGUCAACUGGGCUCUUCAUCGUCAACGUAAGAGCACCGUGUCUCUGGCUGACUUCAGCGAAUGGUUUGGGAAUUUAGUGGAAGCGUUGAGCAAGGUGACAAGGCCACUACCCAUAGUCAAGUGUCAGCGAAAUCAACGGGAACGCAAAGAAGAAGCAUACAUUCAUGUACAUUUCGAUGUUGCACCUGGCCACUUCCCUAAAAAGUGCGCUGCGUGUGAAAAAGGCUGUUCUUCUCUGGAAAAAUGUGACAAAUUUCGCAAAAUGUCUCCACAGUCCCGCUGGUCGGUUAUCAAGGAAAUGAAUGUAUGUCGCAAGUGCUUAAAAAAACAUUUCAAAUCUUGCGAGACAAAGGUACUUUGUGGCAGGGACGGUUGUCCUUAUUUACACCACCAGCUCCUUCAUGACGACAGCAAGCACAAGCUUCCUAUCCAAGCUUCGAAGUUAAAUUCAUGCAAUGCACACCAGUGUUGUCUCGGAGCAGUCCUGUUCAAGUACGUCAAGAUCACUAUAUAUGGAAAAGGAGGAAAGUCGUUCGAUGUUUAUGCCUUCCUCGAUAGUGGCUCCACAUGCUCAUUGAUGGAACACAGCCUUUGGGAAGAACUCGAGCUAGGAGGAGAAAAACACCCAUUAUGCAUCAGUUGGACAGGAGGCCAAGACCGAUUUGAGUCAAAAUCGGUGAAAUGCUCGGUGGACAUUUCUGGAAGUCAAGGUGAAAAACGCAAUCGUCUGAACAAAGUGCACACUGUUGAAAAUUUGCAAUUACCUGCACAGACGAUGCAUAUAGAUGAUCUUUCUAAACAUUACAAACAUUUGUCUGGUCUGCCCAUCGACUCGUACGAAAGUAUCCGUCCAAGAACACUCCUGGGAAUGGACAAUAUUCAUCUAGACCAACCGAUUGAAGCACGAGAAGGAGGAGAAAAUCAACCAGUUGCCACUCUCACUCGGCUAGGAUGGAUUGUUUACGGCCCAUGUUCGGUUGACGAAAACUCGCCUGGGAACAAAGAUAAAAGGGAAUUCAACUAUCAUAUCUGCCAGUGCGAAGCCAUGCACAGAGAUAUGAAAAACUAUUUCUCGCUAGACAGUCUCGGCAUCCAGACGCCCAGUGAACCGCUAAUGUCCAAAGCUGACGAACGUGCCAUGGAUCUACUGAGGUCGCAUACAGUUCUUGAGGGAAAGCGAUAUACGACAAGGCUACUGUGGAAGUUUGACAACUUUCAGCUACCGGAAACAAAAUCCAUGGCCCUUAAUCGAUUUCGGUGUUUGGAGAAGCGGAUGAGUCGUGAACCAGAACUAUCGGUUGCUCUUCAAGCAAAAAUCCAGGAUUAUGAGCGGAAAGGAUACAUCAGAAAAUUAACCGAAGAUGAGGAACGAGUUCGACGAGAUCGUGUCUGGUAUCUUCCGAUUUUUUUUGUUGCUAACGCGAAUAAACCUGUAACAGGUGACAUUCGGGAAAUGUUCCACCAAGUUGGAAUUCACCGAGAUGAUCAGCACUGUCAACGCUUCCUAUGGAACAACGGGCACCCUGGUUCAACUCCGCAAGUCUACGUCAUGCAGGUGAUGACGUUUGGGGCGAGCUGUUCCCCAAGCUGUGCACAAUUUGUCAAAAACACUAAUGCGAAACGAUUUGCCGAAGAAUUCCCGGUUGCAGUCAACGCUAUUGUCCACGACCAUUACGUGGACGAUAUGCUAAGCAGCGUCGAAACAGAGCGGGAAGCGAUCGAGUUAGCAAUGAAUGUUCGAGAGAUACAUGCACAAGGUGGUUUUGUGAUCAGAGGAUGGCGAUCGAACUCAAAAAACGUGCAGGCAGCCCUGAGCGAGCGAGAGGUGGACGAAAUGAACCUGAAUGUGAUUUCGCAGUUUUCAACCGAAAAAGUGUUGGGAAUGUGGUGGAACUCAUCCACUGACACAUUCACCUUCAAACUACCGACAAAACCCGGCGAAGAUUUACUCAGUGGUCGAUGUGUACCAACGAAGAGAGAGGUUGUUCGUGUACUGAUGAGCAUAUUCGAUCCAUUAGGCCUUCUUGGCAACAUCUUGAUGUACCUCAAAAUCUUGAUCCAGGAGGUCUGGCGUUCAGGCAUCGGCUGGGAUGAAGUGAUCACAUCUACGCAACUUGAAAAAUGGCGUACCUGGUUGGGAGUCAUCGAAAAGGUAGAAACAGUUUCAGUGCCAAGAUGUUACCGUCUAACUACUUCAUGCUCAACGCAAACAAACGUGCAGUUACACAUUUUCGUAGAUGCGAGCAUAAACGGUAUCGCUGCGGUCGCAUAUCUGCGGUUCGAAGAAAAUGAUAAAAUCGAAUGCGCCUUUGUUGCAGCUAAAACUCGUGUUGCGCCCAACAAGCUGACGUCGAUUCCUCGACUCGAACUGCAAGCAGCUGUAGUUGGAGUUCGCUUAGCACGGAUAGUAGCAGAGAGCCAUCGGAUAAAUAUCAACAAAAGAUUGUUCUGGACUGAUGCACGUGACGUUCUGUGUUGGUUACACUCUGACCAUAGACGAUUCAGUCCGUUCGUUGGUUUCCGGGUCGGCGAGAUUCUGGAGAACAGCGAACUAUCUGAAUGGCGAUGGGUACCCUCCAAAUUGAACCCUGCCGACGACGGGACCAAGUGGCAGCGAACUCCUGAUCUUUCCCAAAAUAGCAGAUGGGUCCGUGGACAGGAUUUUAUCUGGGAAAAGCAGACGGAAUAG